AUGAACACGGUACUGAUCGUCGGAGGUUCGGGAUUUCUCGGCCAGCAUCUCAUCCAAAAGUUCCACGAGCUGUCUCCGCGGCCUGAAAUCCACGUGUUUGACAUCAGACCCGUGCAGCCCGUGUCCCAGACGUUUUUCUCCUACGAUACAGAAAAGGACAUUGUGUUCCACCAGGGCGAUCUGACGAACCGCGACGACGUUCUGCGAGCAAUCGACGCCGCCAAACCCGAUGCCAUUGUCACCUGCGCCUCCCCAGUCCACGGACUCGGAAAGGCCAUCUACGAGAAGGUGAACGUGCAGGGAAACAAGGUGCUUCUGGAAGCUACUCGACAGCGAUUCGACGAGUCCAAGGGCAAGAUUGGCCGGGCCUUCAUCUACACCUCCUCUGCCUCGGCUGUCUCCGACGGUUCUCCUCUCAUCAACGCCGACGAAACCUUCCCCGUGCUGGACGACCACAAGGACGACUACGCCGACACCAAGGCGGUGGCCGAGAAGAUGAUUCUGGGCGCAAACGACCCCGAGAGCGGUUUCCUGACUGUCGCCCUGCGACCCGCUGGUAUUUUCGGACCCGGUGACCGACAGAUGAUCCCCGGCUUCCUCGAUGCUGCCGCUACCGGAAAACAAAACUUCCAGCUCGGUAACGACGACAACCUCUUCGACUACACCUACGUCGGAAACGUGGCAUACUCCCACGUGCUGGCUGCCGAGAAGCUACUAGACUCCAAGCACGCCGCCAACGUGGCCGGAGAGGCCUUCUUCAUCACCAACGGAACCCCCAUCUACUUCUGGGCCAUGCCCCGAAUGAUCUGGAAGAAGUCUGGCUACGAGGUCGACCUGGCCAAGCGGACCAAACUGAGCACCCCCGUGGCUCUCUUCCUGUCUUCUAUCGUCGCAGGGCUCUGCAAGCCCUUUGGAGUUGUGCCCAACUUCUCGCCUUUCAAGGUCCGAAUCUGCUCGUCACCAAGAUACUACGACAUCUCCAAGGCCCGAAAGUACCUUGGCUACGAACCCCAGCUCGAUCUCCCCCAGGCCGUUGACGUCACUCUCAAGUGGAUCAACGAGACCAAGGAGAAGAAGUAA